GUCGUCAUUCUCGCUGACUGCACCCUUCUACAACUACAAGUACAAGUCUCCCAGCCCAACUUAGCCCAAUGGCAAUGGCCACGCGUCACCUGACCUCUCUCCCCCCAUUUACAACAUUUUACAAACAACCCAUUUUUCCAUCUCCACUUAAUUUAUUCUCCAGGGUUUCUCUCUCCUCGCUCAAAUUCUCCACUAUCUCUGCUUCUUCCAUGGCUUCCGAUGCUAAAAAGGUCUUAGUUCCGAUAGCGAAUGGAACCGAGCCUAUGGAGGCUGUGAUUACCAUUGAUAUCUUGAGGAGAGCUGGAGCUGAAGUGACUGUGGCUUCCGUCGAGAAGGAGCUCCAAAUUGAUGCUGGUCAUGGUGUCAAGAUUGUGGCUGAUGCAUUAAUUGAUGACUGUAGUCACACUGUUUUUGAUCUCAUUUCUUUGCCUGGGGGAAUGCCAGGUGCUACCACUUUAAAAGAUUCUGCAACCUUAAGAAGCAUGGUGGAGAUCCAGGCUGCAGAUGGUCGUCUUCAUGCUGCAAUUUGUGCAGCACCAGCAGUUGCCUUGGGUUCAUGGGGAUUGCUUAAAGGGCUAAAGGCAACUUGUCACCCUUCUUUUAUGGAGCAACUGUCAUCUUCAGCAACUGUAGUUGAAUCAAGGGUUCAGCAGGACGGUAAAGUAGUGACAAGUCGAGGAGCAGGGACUACUAUGGAAUACUCUGUGACACUAGUUGAACAAUUAUAUGGGAAACAAAAGGCUGAUGAAGUUGUUGGGCCACUGGUCAUGCGGCCCAAUCAUGGGGACGAAUAUAUAAUCAGGGAGCUGAACUCAAUGGAGUGGUCAAUUGAUGACUGUCCACAGAUUCUGGUACCUAUAGCCGAUGGUUCAGAGGAAAUGGAGGCUGUUAUUAUAAUUGAUGUCUUACGACGAGCUAAAAUAAAAGUUGUUGUGGCCUCUGUUGGAGAAAAGCUGGAGAUAUUGGCUUCACGGAGAGUGAAACUAGUGGCAGAUAUGCAUCUUGAUGAGGCUGCCAACUCCUCAUAUGAUCUGAUUGUCUUGCCUGGCGGACUGGGUGGCGCUGAGGCAUUUUCUGCCUCAGAGAAGUUGGUUGAGAUGCUGAAGAAACACAGGGAAUCGAACAAACCCUAUGGAGCAAUAUGUGCAUCCCCAGCUUUAGUCCUUGAGGCUCAUGGCUUGCUUAAGGGCAAGAAGGCUACAGCCUUCCCUGCUAUGUGCAAUAAGUUAUCAGAUCCAAGUGAGAUUGAGAACAGGGUUGUGGUUGAUGGAAACCUUAUUACCAGUAGAGGGCCUGGCACCAGCAUGGAAUUCGCACUUGCUAUAGUCGAGAAAUUUCUGGGUCACCAGAAGGCAAUCGAACUUGCAAAGUCGAUGCUGUUUGUGCAUCCAUAGAUCUUUUUUUUGUGUAUAAUCUCUUGAGUUAUAAGGAGAAAUGAGAUUUGCAGUUGAGUAAGCAGUUGUCUUAUGUUUAAAAAUAAAGGGUGGCGGUAUGAUUGGUUUAUGGUUUAUGAGUUACAAGGAGAAACUUUUUUCUAAA